AUGGCGUCAAUUAAUACAAUUAGUCGGUCUGUAAAAUAUGGUCUUUAUUUUGCUGCGUCAUGGCCGGGAGCAUCAUUUUCGAUUUUACAUAAAAUUUUUUGGACAAUUGUUUUUUGUGGGUUUCAUAUUUCUCAAUACAGUUAUUUAAUUGUGCAUUAUAAAUAUGAUGCUCUUACAGAAAUAAUAGAUAAUAUAAGUAUUUGUCUGCCACAUAGUUUAGUGUGUAUCAAAUUAUUUACUGCUUGGACACAAAAUACUUUGAUUCGAAGUAUUCUAUUAUCUAUGGAAGAAGAAUGUCAAAAAUAUGCAAUAAUGGAUACGGAUAAUUUAAUAUCGAAGACAGCUUAUUUAUCUUAUCGUUUGACGAGUAUUAUAAUGUGUACUUGUGUAGCAUCUACUAUUUGUUAUGCAAUUGGUAUUUUUUUGCAUCAAGAAGUUAAUGUAACUAAAUCUCGAGAAUUAUUAUUAAAAAUGGAUUUACCUUUUGAUACUAAUAAAUCGCCCAUUUAUGAGUUUGUAAUAAUUAUACAAUAUUUUUAUCAAGUAUCAGCAGCUUUUAUGUUUGGUGUAUUUGCCGCGUUUCUGUUAAUGAUA